AUGGACUCACUCUGGUCGACGCUGCUGGAGCCCCCUACCGUGGCGGCUAUCGCUGCUUCUCUGGGCCUUCUCAUCGCCAUUCACCGAUACCGACGCAACUCGUCGUCCGUUCCCCUGCCUCCAGGUCCACCAGGAAACUGGCUACUGGGCAACGAUAUACCAAAGGCCUUUGCCUACCGAAAGUUCGAAGAAUGGACCAAGGAGUAUGGUCCUAUGUUCACCCUACGCCAGGGUUUCCAGACCAUCAUCGUGAUAGGACGAAUGCAACCCGCUAUGGAGGUCAUGGAAAAGGAAGGAGCCGCCCUCGUCGACCGACCCUUGUCCAUCUCUGCCGGCGAAACCCUGUCUGGAGGAAUGAGAGUGCUACUUACCCCUGCUGGCGAAAGGUUCAAAAAGAUGCGAAGAGCUCUACAUGCCCACCUUCAGCCCAAGAUUGUGGCUUCCUAUGGCCCCGUGAUGAUGAAAAACGCAAGGCAGCUCAUCCUCGACAUACUGGAUGACCCCGAGAGGCACCAAGACCACGCGAAACGGUACUCCGCCGCCGUCGUUAUGGCCCUAGCUUAUGGGAAGCACCCCAAGUCGUAUCAUGACCCGGAUGUAAUCGCUGUGAACAGGUGCUUGACACGUCUUGGUAACACCCUUCGGCCAGGUGUUUGGCGCGUGGACGUGUAUCCCUUCCUGAGAUAUGUCCCAGGAUACCUCAAAGAACUCAAGGACGGACACGCAGAAGAGCUCUCCCUAUUCAAACGCCAACUCAACGAAGUCAAGCAAGCAAUGGAUCGUGGCGAAGAAGUCCCUCAAUCAUUCGGAAAGUAUCUUCUUGAGCGACAGGCAGAACUCGAGCUCUCAGAUGACGAAACUGCCUAUCUCGCCGGGAGCAUGUUUGGAGCUGGCUCGGAUACCACUGCGUCGGCAAUCAGUGUCGCCGUUCUCGCUUCUGCGUGCUAUCCUGAAGCUCAGAAACGCAUUCAUGAAGAGCUGGAUCGGGUCAUUGGGAAGGAGCGAGCGCCUACUUCCGCUGACCAACAUAUGCUUCCUCAAACCAUGGCUUUUGUUCUGGAGACGUUCAGGUGGAGACCUGUCAGUGCUGGAGGCUUUGCGCACAAGGCUACAAAGGAAAUCAUUUGGAAUGGCUACGUGAUUCCUAAAGGCGCAACUGUGAUGGGCAACGUCUGGGCUGUCGGACGGGACCCCGAGUACUUCCCUGAACCAGAGUCAUUCAACCCGCAACGAUGGUUGACCCCUGACGGCAAACUGAAGGAAGACAUGAAGUCAUAUCCUUUUGGAUUUGGACGACGAGUAUGCCCCGGGCAGCACAUGGCCACCGCCUCCGUAUUUUUGAACACCGCACUCAUCCAUUGGGCCUUCUCAAUCAAAUCCGAUCCCAAGCACCCUAUCGACGAGCUCGCCUUCACCGAAUCCGCCAACACCCACCCCCUCCCGUUCAAGGUCCAUUUCGAACCCAGAGCUGCCAACACACUCGACGGCGUCCGCGAUCUCGUAGAGGACUAUGGAUUGUGAGACGUAGACGAUAUCGAUCCGAUUCAACACAGUAUGAUGAUGAUGACAUUCAACCACGCAUUCCUCCUCGGUUAACUCCACAAAUGUAUUUUAGUUACAAUUGUAUUUCUUAAAGUUACUACAUACCCCCUACAA